ACAAGUUUAACACCAGAAGAAGAGGAAGAAGCUGAGCAUGCAUGAGGUGUUGGCACUGAUACAACUAAGCCAAAAUCAUCCAAUAAAACGCAGCAAGAGGGUGAAAGCUGAUAAAAGUCAGCCUGAAGAGGUGGAAGUUUCUGAUCAAGCUAAGCAGCGUAAGAAGAGGCAACCUAUGAAGAAAGACAAUUUCGAAGAAACCCUAACUCUGCUGCUCAACUGGAACAAAACUAAACCAGCAAAGCCUCCCUUUCUCCUUGACUUGGUGGGUAACGUUUGCAGCAAACCCUUAAGGAAGCAGUUAAUGGGAAGCGACGUGAAGAAAGAUCAAUCCAGGCUCAAGUUAGGGAAGGCGGAAGUGAAGAAGAUGGUGCAGCAAGUCAUGGGAAGGUCAGAUAAAGUUGGGACUAAAGGGCUUGAGGUUUCAGUAUAUGGACAAGAAGGGGAGGUUGGUAAGAUGAUGUUCAAGAUGUGGAGUGUGAACACGCCUGUGUUAAUGGGUAUCGGAUGGAAGACUUUUGUGAAAGAUAAUGACCUCACCAAGCAUUGUGAUUUUCUCACUAUUUGGAUGUUUAGGCACAAAAACAGUGAUGAGAUUUGCUUUGCUAUUGACAAGACUAGGCAUCAUACUGUAACUAGACCUCUGAGUAAGAGGAUCUCGAAAGCUGUCUUCAAGAAUCCAAAUUAG